AACUUAUUUUAUAGGAUGUUAAUUCCUUUGCCCUAGCUAUUAUCGACGGUGACGGUGCUGUAUUUCGCGAAGAAUGGAUUACACAAGGCGAAGAGGGUGGCGCCAUAGCCGCCCACGAACUACGCACCGAAAUUAAACAGCAUCUUAAAAAUAUUUAUCCUAACGUUAACGUUGAAUCAUGGCAUAUAAUUGUCCAGGUUUUCCUUAACCUCGAAGGUUUAUCUAGAAAAUUAUACAGCGUCGAUCUUAUAAGACAUACGAACGAGUUAGCCGCAUUUACUCGGGGCUUUAGCCGUUCUCAAGGCCUUUUCUCAUUUAUCGAUGUUGGCUGGGGCAAAGAGCAGGCCGACUACAAAGUCCGCGAAAUGCUUCGCGUUAUGGUUUACAAUUUACAAUGCAAACACAUUAUUUUCGGGCCUUGUCACGACAAGGGCUAUAUUGUGGAGUUGAGGCCAUACCAACUCGAGACGGUGAUAUCUACCAAACUCAGCCUACUUGAAACUACGCCUGCCCCACGCGACUUUCAGGAAUUGCGCUUCCGUAGAGUCCAAUUCCCUAACGUUUUUCGUUCCGAACUCCUUCCGGAGAGCCCGGCGCCGACAUUUACCCCCUCAUUGCCGCCAACUAACUCGACCAACUAUGCCGACGUCGCUUCAAAGUGGAGGUCAAACAGUCCUUUAGUUAACGAAUUUAAGAGUUUUAUGAUUUCGCCUUCAGAGAAACCGGUGAAAUCGACAAAGUCACCAAAGCCGGUCGCCAACAAAGGCAAAUACUACAUCAUUAAUUCAUCAGGCGAACGCCUCGAUGAGCCAUUGCCGCGAUGUGAUCCGAAUGCGGAAGCGCGCUUGGCCGAGCGUACAAAAAAGGAGUCCAGAGGACCCUGCAAUCGAUAUCACCUCCUCGGUAGCUGUGAUGAAUACUACUGCACAUAUUACCACGGUGAACGAUUUGGGCCGGCCGAGUUACUUGUCCUGAGGAUUAAAGCUAGAGGAUCACCUUGCAAUUUCCGCGGUCAGUGUGUUAAUGCCGGAUGCGCCUGGGGCCAUAAUUGCAGGUACGGCGGCAAGAAGUGUACAAGAAACGGCAGUUGUAAUUUUGCUUUUUCGCAUGAUUGGGAUUUGGUGAGUUCUCUUGUUUUCCUAUCCCCCCAAUUCGACUGCCUUACGUGGGUAUUUCUCUGCUACUUGCUACAUCGUGACUUGGCCAUUGCUCAGCUAUUAAAGCAGAGACCACCUAGUCAUUCUGUAAAGUGUUCUAAACAUCCACUCACUUUACCUCUUGUCACAUUCGUUUUGGCAAACAUGGAUACUAAUACUAGAAUAGACACCAGCCGAGAAGAUCUACGAGUUUGGUUCGCCCGAGAAGAUGUGACUUUGACGAGCACAGACAAACAACUGUUCCAACAUUCAACCGAUUAAAAUUCUUACCGUAUUCAUCGGGUAUUGAAGAGUACAGACCAACAUUAUUCGACAUAACACUGUCAAGAUGUUUGACGGAACCAUAGUCUCUUUCUACUGGCUGGGCACUGUGAGUACCUGGCUCGUGCUGAUGGCCCUACAGUUACCUCGACAGGAAUCAUCCAAUGUUACUAGUCAUACUAUGGAUCUUCCCAAGGAAGGUAUAAGGAGCUUAACAU